AUGUCGCGCGCGGCGGGAGGCGACGCCGACGCGGCGAAGCUGGCCGUCUGGAAGGAGGCGCUCUACGAAAAGUGCAGAGAUGCUGCGCCCGAAAACGACAUGUUUUCGCAAGACGACCUUUUGCGACUCGACGUCAUUCCGAACAAGGAUCUGAUGCUGCUGGCACGUGUAGUGCAGUCUCUAAGCGAUGACAAGCUCUUCAUCACCAUGCGCGAGUCCUCUGGCCAGGUGCUGUGGAAGUGGCGAGAUGCUCAGGAAGCACACAAGUACAAGCAAUGUACGACCGACGAACAAGUACUGGUAUACUCGCUUGUCGACGAUGCGGGCGGCGAUGGAAUAUGGUCGCAGACGCUGCAGAAGCGCCUCAACAUGCACGACUCGGUCCUCAAGAACGCGCUGAAGCAGCUUCAGACCAAGGGACUGAUUGCGCCAUUCAAAAAUGUCGAGCACCCCAACAAGAAAAUGUACAUCAAGGCUUCGAUCCGGCCCAGCGAUCGCGCGACCGGCGGGCCUUGGUACACCGACCAGAAUUUCGACGAUGCCUUCAUCGAAGAGUUGCAGCGUGUCGUCUUUGACUUCAUCAAGCGCCAGAGCAGCUACCACAGCACGCACUCUGGAUCCGGGGCGGCGAGGGCGCAGGCACCCAAGAAGGGCGUUAUACAAGGUGGCCUGGAAAAAGGCAAGAAGCGGGAUGCCCGGGAGAUGAGCAAGCCGCCGUCAAAGGUGUCCAAGACGGCCCCCGGCACCACGCCCCGGAAGGAAGCGGCGCUGCUCCCGCUACCCGCUGGGUACACCGGCUACCCGUCCGUGCGAGAUAUUGCACGGCUGCUUUCUAGCAGCGGCAUCACCAACAAUACUAUCCUGUCUGAGGAGGAUGUGCGAAAGUUGAUUGACGUCCUGGUCUGGGACAACCUCAUCGAGCCCGUGCGCGUUGCGGGCAGAGUCGGCUACCGAGUAGCCAGAGUCGCCAAGCAGUCGACAGAGCCGUGGGCAGGCCGCGAAGAUCCCACAGGACCAGAGCUCUACACAAGCCCCUACACGGAAGCACCCUGUGGCCGAUGCCCCGUCUUUGACCUCUGCGAGGACGGUGGCCCUGUCGGUCCCAGCAACUGCGAGUACUUCAAGACCUGGCUCGGCAUAAUCGACCCUUGA